UUCCAUGGCUCGUUAUUUGCGUAGCACCGUACCCCCAACUACACUAGCUUGGGAACAAGUAAAACCAGCUGAUAUCGAAGUUAUUCGAAAGAGACUAUCUGAAAAAUUCAUUUAUCUAGAAGACAAUCCAGUAAUCAACGAUGCCAUGGUAAGACAAAUGCAAAAACAUCUGACUGAUUGGCGCCACACGAUGAAGAAACACUGGGUAGAUGUUGGAGGAGAGGUGGACAAUGAGAGAGCGAAGUCAAAACCUUUUGUGUCGAUCACUUCUUCUGAUUGGGCAAUUCUGUGUGAUUUUUGGGCUUCUGAUUCUCACCAGGUAUGUCGUACAUUUUACAUUAAUUUUUAA